AUGGGCUCUAGAGGCGAAGACAAAAUGUUGGAUCUCCGUGGUGUCGAGAGAGGUGCACAAAGCAUUGCUCCAGGAACACUUUCGAAGAUGUUAGCAGCGUGGGAUAAUAUUGUGAAGGCAGAAAGAAAGGAUAAAAAUGCGCUCCUAACGUUUGGUGGAGCAUUGGAGCUAUCUGAUCAUGCUCGCGGUUCUUACAACGUGAACGCUCCAUUUAAUUCGGUAAAUUACUUGGAUCUCCGACGAAAGGAUCUUAUCGAAACAGCGUUGAAAGAUUGCUGGCUUAAUGGUGUCACUCCUCUCAUUAUUGAGAUGGUGCUGAAAGACAAAGAUGGAUUUCUUGACGAUCAACUUCUGGAGAAGGCGGGAAUGACGCCUGAUAGAUUCAUUGAAACAUUGCUGCAAAUGAAACAUGGCAAACCCACUGAUGACAGCUCUAUUCUAACUUACAUGCCAAAGUACGUCUGGUAUUGUGAAAAUACUGUAGCAUCCCGAGAUGGACUGGACAAGUAUGGAAUAAAAGCACUUAAAGCACUUUACAGUAGUUCACAUUUGGUAGACGAUGUCAUUCCAACAUUGCUCAACGGAAAUGCUCAGUCAAAAGCAACCGCCCAGCGACUCAUUAUUGGUCUCGUAACCUCUUUUUCGCAAGACAAGAUGCAUCCAGCUUAUGUUCAGAAGAUUCUCACCCGAAUUGCUGAUCACAAGAUGGACAAUUUCAGUUGCGACGCAUUAGAACAGUAUACUUUGCAGUACAAAAAAAAGUUUACGCUGCUAGAAGAGAGCGAGCGACUAAGAACUCUCGAGCACUUUAAACUUAGUUCCAAAUCAAAAUCAAAGGCACCUCAAGUUGCACCAUAUACAUCCAAGGCGGCAACCGGCACCAUCUUGUAA